CCCGCCCGGCGCGUCACGGCGGAGCCGGCAACGGCGGCAACGGCGGCGGCGGCGGGUGCGCUCCGUUCCGCUCCCGCCAUGGCGGCCCGCCGGCACCGGGCCUUACCGGUCCUCGGCCUGGCUUUGGUGGUCGCCACCGCCGCCGCCGUCGUCGCCGCUACCGACCCUUUCUCGCCCCAGCUGGGAGAUACCGCCGGUUGCCGCGGGCAGUGCGGCCGCAGCCUGCCCCGCCGAGCCGCCGCCGAUGCUGUUCUCAACGCCUGUUACCGGGGCUGCCGGCUGUUCUCCAUCUGUCACUUCGUGGAUGCGAGCGCCGAGCUGAACACAACCCGAGCUCAGUGUGAAGCAGCGUGCGCCGAAGCCUACAGCAACGCAGAGGAGCAGUUUGGCUGCGUGACGGGGUGCCGAAAGCAGCUGCCCGAGGUGGAGAGCAGGAAGGAGAAGAGCCUGGAGCUGAAGGCGCCGUCGUUCUCCAUGUUCGAUUUGGUCUCCACCUUCUGCAACGACAUCGUCAGCUCUGCCCAGAGCUUCAUCUCCUCCACCUGGACCUUCUACCUGCAGGCAGAUGAUGGCAAAGUCGUGGUGUUUCAGUCCCAGCCGGAGAUGGAGUAUCCAGUACUCGAGGCACUGGAGACCCAGCCGGAGCGGCCGGUGCGGCCGGGACCGGGGUCCAGCCCCCGCGUCUCCCAGCCCCACACAGGCCCCCGGGCGAAGGGGGAGAAGCCCCCCGUGAAGGAGCCACGAGGCAAAGGCAAGGUGCAGCACCCGGACCCCCCGCAGCCGGAGCACGACUUCCUCGGCUGCAUGUCCAAGCGCUCAGGCCUUCCUCGCUGGAUCCUGGCUGCCUGCCUCUUCCUCUCCAUCAUGGUGAUGCUGUGGCUGAGCUGUGCCAGUUUGGUGACUGCUCCUGAGCAGCACGUCAAGACCCAGCCUCUGAGCAUCAACGGAGACAAGGAGUACCUGGAAGACCUGGAUGGCCCCGGCGCUUUCCCCCUGCCGCCCGUCAUCGCCGUCACCCUGUGCCCCACGCACGGCGGCGAGGAUGCGGGGCCGCUGCCCCUCAAGGUCGACCUGGGCAAGACCAUCCUGUAGUGCUCCCACCCUUCCCAUCACCACCACAUCACCUCCCUGUUUCCAUCCCCAGGACAUCGUCCCCGGUCCCAUUCUGUGGCCCCUCCAGCUCCCCCGUGUCCCUGGCUCCUGGAGGGGCAUCUCUGGCUCUGGCAUGGUGGGGGGACCGGGGGGUACGAUCUGGCUCGGUCCCGCUCUCCUCCCCAGGGAUGGCCGCUGCAGAGGAGGCUCCCAGGAGCCGGGCAGCGGCUUUGCCUCCUCCGUAGAUGUGCUGUUUGCUGGGAUCUUGGUUUCCAGUGCUCGAGAGCCAAGAGAGGAGCUGCCAGAGCGGGGAGGCCGGGGGGAGCCCGUCCUCGUAGCGGGGCGGUCCGUCUCUUCCCGACCGGAGCCCCCGGGGCCCCGCAGCCCUCCGGGCAUGGGUCCAGCGCUGGGCAGGAGGGAGCCGGCUGCGGUGGGGGAUGGAGAGUGUCUGCAGCGUUCUGGGCUUUGGCUCGGCACAUCCCCGGCCUCCCACCUUGGGCUGAGCCUCCAAGGCGCCGUCUCCGGCCCUGGGAACUCCCUUCCGCCGGCCGGAGCCGAUUGCCUUGGGGAGCCGAAACGUGGCGAAUGGAUUUGGCGUUGGCAGCCGGAGAGAGGAGCGGAUCUUGCCGCCUCCUUGCCCACGCGAGGACCCAGCCGGCCCCUUCCCGGAGCUGCGGAGGGGCCCCAGGAUGGCUCCUUCCCCUCCCUGAUGCCUUUGGGGCGGCUGGCCCAGAUGCCGACGGGUCGCUGGUGGGACUGAGCAGGGGACGAGGUGACGUUUCCCUGCCUCGUGCUGCUGUGGCAUGUCCGAGCUCGGGCAGGAGGUGGGAGCUGCCGGGAUGCCUCCGUCCUGGGCUCAGCAUCCCUGCCCGAUGCCGGGAGCAGCUCAGCCUGCCGGGCUGUAGCUGAUGGCAGGACCUAGCGGCAGCCGGCCUCCGGGUCCCCUGGCUCACAGCACUGCCCUGGAAGCAGGGGGCUAGUCCUGGGGUCUCCUGGUCAAGCAGGGACCCCCUCGGCUCGCCCCGGCACAGCCCCUCGGCGCGGAGGGGUCCCCUUCCCUCCCCCUGCUCCGCAGGGCUCUGCUCCCACAGCCGGGCUCGGUGCGAACCGAGGCAUCUCCCCAUCUCCCCGCCGUUCUCCAUCACUUGACUUCGUGCAUCAUUUCGUGGUUUGAUUUGCACCGGCAUGUGGUUCAUCAGCCCCUGGUGCCCCAUGGGGACACCCCUGCACUUGGGAGGGACGGCUCGGCGGCGGCGGUCCCUGCCAUCCCCCGCGUCCACCUAACACGUCUGUACAGAUUAACUUAUUACCCGCAGCUCCCCACCCUUGGGUUUUUAGGCUCUCUCCGUGUGCCGGCUGCUCCCCAGCGCUGAGCGGUCUCGGGGGGCCGUGGCGUGGUGGGGCGGGGGGCUCUCGUCCCCAUCCCCACAGGUUUUGUGCUGCUCCGUAUCACUUUCACCCGUGCAACAUAUCUGGAUUUGGGGAACUGGGUUGGGGGGGGGGGUGUUGUGUCCGUUUUGGGGUACACUUUUUGUUGUCGCUUUUUGGCCGCUCGGCUCAGUGUAAAGCUCAGUGGAGUCUGUGGUGUUGUCCCGGCCACGGCAGCUCUCCCCAUCCCCGGGGUGCAACCGCACCGGGCCAUGAGCUUGGGGGAGAGGGUGGCCGCGGAGGCCCCCCCAGCUUUGCUUCCAAAGGGCAAACCCAGCCCCAAGCUGGCUGGGCGGUGCGGGCGGAGGGGAAAUAAAAGGUUUGUACCAGA